CUCCUCCCGCCGGGCCCGCAGGGGACAGCGACACUCGCCAGGCGCCUCCGUCCCGGCGCUGCCCCGCGCCCCCGCCGCUCGAUAAGCAGUUUCUGAGGACUGAAGUACCUGCCCAGGGAGCACCUGCUUGUGAGGCAUGGCUGACCUGGACCACAACCUGAGCCUGGCCGACGCGCUGACGGAGCCGCCCCACGACGUCGAGGACGAGGUCAAACGAGAUUUCAUCGCCACGCUGGAGGCCGAGAAAUUCGAUGACGUGGUUGGAGAGACGGUGGAUAAGACAGACUAUGUGCCACUGCUGGAUGAUGAGGAUGAUGCAAAGCCUGGGAGCCAGGAACCCAAAAGCAAAAGCCACGUGGAUGGAAUUCCCGUGGAACAUUCCUCAGCCUCUGGGCCGAUGGUGGUGGAGAACGGCGACCACGGGCUGCAGGGUCACGGCACAGUAUUCCCUGGAGAAAUCAUGGAUGAGAAGAUGUCCUACAAAGAGUUCCUGGACCGCAACGACUCGUGGUCAGCAGAGGAGAGGGACCUGUGCUUCAAACCCAUGGACAUGGCUGAGCCUUUCAGCCUCCACAGAGGGGAGAACCUUCCAGAUUUGUCCUUCCCCACGGACAUGAGGAACGUGCCGCUGUUCCCAGGCCAUGCCGAUGCUGCCAGGGACAUCCUUGCUCCACAUGGAUCCAUGAUGGGACCUGAACAGCCUUUCCUGGGGUCCCUGUAUUCCCCUGCAGAGGCUCUGGACCCAUCAGCCUUCAUCGGCCUCGAGUCAGGCACAGAAUUCCUGCCAGGAAAAGCAGCACCUGAAGAAUACUGGAUGGGAGCUCAGCAGGACAUGAAGGGACCAGAUACCUCUUUCUUUGUUGAGCCACCAGUGCCCCCCUCAGCCACAGAGGCCAUCAGGACGAGCCUGCCCGAGAGCCCCACGGCAGCAGCAGCCCCUGGGAGUGUUCCUGCUGCAGCCUCAGCAUUCCCAGGAGAGGCUGCAGCCACGGAUGCACCAAAGGGCGCCACGCCAGGUGCAGCCUCUGUUCCCGCCGCCGACGCCGCGUCGCUCCCCGCAGAGAAAGCUGGAGCUGUCCCUGCUGCAGACACCAAACCUCCCCCAGCUCCAGGGGCUGCAGCUCCUGCAGCAGCAGCCAACCCUUUCCAGACCACGGAUUUGGGGUUUUCUCCUGCACCUGAAGCCAGCCCUCCCAAAGGCGUCAAUGACAUCUCCACCCCGGGGACGGAGCUCGGCUUCGCCCCGGCAGCAGAUGCUGGAUCCCACCGUGGGGUGGAACUGGGGUUUGCUCCAGCAGCAGGUGUGGAGUCCCACCAAGACAUGGAUUUGGGAUUUGCUCCAGCAGCAGGUGUGGAACCUCACCAAGCCACAGAUUUGGGAUUUGCUCCAGCAGCAGGUGUGGAGUCCCACCGUGCCAUGGAUUUGGGGUUUGCUCCAUCAGCAGAUGUAGAACCUCACCAUGCCAUGAAUUUUGCCCCAGCAGCAGAUGUGGAGCCUCACCAUGCCUUGGAUUUUGCUCCAGCAGCAGAUAUCAAAGCUCAGCACACGGUGGGCCCCGAGCUUGGCCUGGCAGCAGAUGCAGAGUUUGCCCCAGCAGCAGAAGCCAACCAUCAGCACGGCCUGGAUUCUGGGUUUGCUCCUGCAGCUCCAGCCAAGCCUGUCCCUGCUGUGGACACUGGGAAUGUGUCAGUGGAGGCUCAGCCUGGCCCUGCAGGGGCUGCUGUGUCUGCUGAGGCUGCCCUUCAGCAGAACAAGUCUCCUGCAGAAGCACCAGCAAAGGUGGAAGCAGAAUCCAAAGUCCCAGAAGUUUGUGUGGAUCACUCAGAGAAGAUGAAGGACAGAAAAGCCCCUCCAAGCCCUCUGGACGAGCACUUUCCUGGGAAAAGCAGCCACCAGCCAGAGCCAGCAGCUGAAGCAAAAGGAGCAUUAGAAAAUAAAGACCUUCCAGAAAAAUCUGCUCCUGCUGAGGAUGGUGAGGCACAAAAGGAGGAGGCUGAGCACAACCACAUCCGACACGCAGAACCUCAGGAAGGGAAAACCCUGCAGGAGCCCACAGCCAAACCAGAGGAGCCCAAAGCAGCCGAGGCCGUGAGUGGGAACGACAUCACAGCUCCUCCCAACAAGGAGCUCCCUCCCAGCCCCGAGAAGAAGACCAAGCCUGCUGCAUCCAGCUCCGCUCCAAAGCCGGCAGCAGCGAAGGCCAAGCCCUCGGCCACCACCAGCCCCAAGCGGCCGAGCUCGGCCACCCCGGGCACAAACAAAAAGCCCACGAGCCCAACUGCAGGUCCUACUCCAGGCACCACUGCCAAACGCCCCGGCACCAGCAGCACCCGUCCCUCCACCUUAACUCCAAAAGAGACUAAACCAAAGGUCGCGGAUGCGAAGCCCGCGGAGAAGAGAACUUCCCUCUCCAAGCCUCCAUCCUCCACCACUCCUAAAACUCCUUCCAGGAGCUCCUCUGCUGCUCCCCGGACCACGGCACCGUCGCCGGUGACGGCAGCGGCUGCUGCCAAAACCACGGCGGCGACUCCUCCCAAGAGGCCGACGUCGAUCAAGACGGACGCGAAGCCGGCAGAUGCCAAGAAAACGCCAGCGAAGUCUCCCUCAGAUUCCAGCCGCCCCAAGAGCGCUCCUGGCAGUGCCGGUGCCACCAAGAGCAGCGCCACCACUCCUUCCACCGCGGCCUCCAGCGCUCCCGGCGCGGCCGGCGGGCGCCCCAAGCCCAAAACCGCCGCCCCCAAAGCCGCCGCGGCCUCCACGGUGUCGGCGGACGCCAAGAAAACCACGGCCAAGGCCUCGGGCAAGGUCAGCGCCCCCAGAGCGGCCCGGCCGGCCAGCAGCGCCUCGGCCCCCGACCUGAAGAACGUCCGCUCCAAGAUCGGCUCCACGGACAACAUCAAACACCAGCCCGGGGGAGGGAAGGGGAAAAUAGAGAAAAGGCCAGAGCCAGCCGCCGCCGCGCCCAGGUCUGAGCCCAGCACGGGCACUAAAGUGGCUCCUAAAGCAGCCUCAGCAAAAGAGGGGGUCCCCAAACAGCCCAAUGGGAAAGUCCAGAUAGUCUCCAAAAAAGCGAACUACAGCCAUGUUCAGUCCAAGUGUGGUUCCAAGGACAAUAUUAAGCAUGUCCCUGGAGGUGGGAAUGUGCAGAUCCAGAACAAGAAAGUCGACCUUUCCAAAGUGUCCUCCAAGUGUGGAUCUAAAGCAAAUAUCAAGCAUAAGCCAGGGGGAGGAGACGUCAAAAUCGAGAACCAGAAGCUGAACUUCAAGGAGAAGGCCCAGGCCAAAGUGGGAUCUCUGGACAACGUGGGACACUCGCCGGCCGGAGGAGCCGUCAAGGUGGAGGGCGGCUCGGAGCCGAACGGAGCGGGGCCGGGCCCGGGUGUGCUGCCCCAGAACGGAGUGGGGCCGGGCCCCAGCGACCAAAGGGAACCUCAGAGCCUCGACAGCCGCAUCCAAGAAACAAGCAUCUAAUGAUGACAUUAUGGUAUCGUCUUCCAUUCCCCUCCUGCCCCUUGUCUCCUCCUCUCCCCGCGCCCCUGUCCCCUGCCCCUGUG